ACUGUCAACAGCCGCAUGGUAUUACUAUCACGAGUACGUGAACCGCCAACGGCGACUGGUAGAUGACACCGCCAUCGCGAGUGCUCGAGCCCCUACCAGAAAUUCAUUGCGCCGUCCUUGUGGGCAAAAAACAAUGAAAGCUAAUGUAAGAAAUUAGAGGGCAGUACAGGAUGCGACCGCGCGACCCUGCUCGUGAGCAAUCUCCCAAAUCAUCUCUGUCAUCAACCACGCGAUCAUCCCUCUGUUUUACCCAUAAAAUAACUAUGGCGCUGCUUUAUCGAGCGGUCUGUUUUAUCUGCGACGCUACACCCGCGAUAUGGGUACAAAUGAAUCCCCGGCAAGACGUCGUACGGCUUCAAAUUGAAAAAAUAAAUGAACAUACGUGGGCACGCCAUAUCCCCGGCAAUCUCGCCAUUAUCGCCAUAAUUUAUGCAAGUUAAAGAGACGCAGCGAAGUCGCAUCAUAGAGAACGCAUCAUCUCACCUUACACCGGCACUUGCUAGUCAUGGCGGACCCCACGAUACAGACGUUCUGUUGUCACCAUAAUAGAAAUAACACUGACAUGGCAGUAGUAAUAAUGCAAGAGUUCAACACCGAUGUCUAUAACUCUGUGUGUAUGUUGUCAUCGACAAUGGGCAUACUCGGAGCAGUUUACCAGGUGCUGCCAAGAGAAGAGUCCAAAUCCUUACACCGUUGGCAGGGAUUUUCAUCAUCAAGGGGUAGAGAAAUCAUAGUCUGGCUUGCCAUUGCUGAUUUCUUCGCAUCCUUAGGUGUGUUCGUGCGGUCUGCACUAUGGAUGAGUUAUAAGAAUAUCAUGCCGAUGGAGGAUGACACAUCCAGCGUUGUCUUCUGUGCCCUGUCUUCGGCUUGGACUCAAUAUUUUUACAUGGCCACUUGGAUCUGGACGAUGUGCUAUGCGAUUGACAUGAAACUAUUACUAGGCGAGCGAGAGGGACAUCCUUCUUGCUAUCAUGCAUUAGCUUGGAUAUGCCCUGCCAUUCUCACAACAUUUGGACUGACAAUCUUGUAUCUCCCCGAUGCCAACUGUCAUAACUCUUUGUCCCUGUCAAGUGCUUUGCUACGCAUUCUACCUAAUUACUGUAUCACAUAUGUAUUACUGGCAGUAGUCAUGAUUGCCAAUCCAGCAUUGUACAUAGCAUCGACUCGUGAUUUAAAGACGGCAGUAACAUGUAGCAUGGCACAAAUGACAGGACGGGAACGAAAGCUAGUGCAAGCCAUUAGAUUGAAAUUCGCAUUGACCAACCUAGUCUAUUAUAUUUGUUGGGUGCCAAACAUAGUUAAUGGAAUUCUCUUGUGGACCUUGUGGUUCCAACUGCCAAUUAAAGUCAUCAUUUCUGUGUGGUACAUUAUGGCUGUUACAAAUCCUCUUCAAGCAUUCUUCAAUGCUUUGGUAUAUCAAAGAUGGGGACGAAGAGAGAAAUUUCGACUGGAAUGCUGCCAAGGCCUCGCCAAACUAGGAGCAAGUUUCAAAAAGAAUUCAACAAACGUAGACAUGUCAGAAACAUCUCCAUUGUUAAUUCCGCAAUACAGGUGUACACCACAUGCGAGUAUAAAUGGUUCGUCAUCCCUAUAAUUCUGUGAUAUUAGAUGUAAUUGUACUUAAAAAGAAAAAAAGAAACUGAAAAUUCAUACAACAGAACACAUGACAAUUAUAGUAGAACGUUUCGCGUUGAAUCGUUACAUAAUUAAAAAAGCGACAAUCAUAAAUUAACAAACAUAAAUACGUAAUUCAUCCAAAGUGCUUCAACAUUAUAACUGUUAUUAGAAGUUUGUAAUUGUACAAAUUGACAGUUUUUACUAACAUCGAAACAUUCUAAAAGUCAUAUCUCGUUAAAUAGGAUUAUCGCCUUGUGGCCUACGUAGUACAACCGAAGGAAACAUAAUGUAUUCUAUACCUAAAAGCAUUAAUAAUCGCACAUAAACAAGUGCGAAUCUAAGAGGAAACCGUUCAAACGUUACGAGUGCAUUUUACGUAAUUACGUCAGACAGACUGAAACAGAACGUAGUGUUUCAAAUAUUUGAUACAUUUUUAUACCGGUGCCUAGAAGUAACUGCUGUAUUUAUAUAUAUAAGCACUGCUACGAUCUGUUAAAUUAUAAAUAUAUCUCGGAUACAGGUACACUUUUUUAUUAUUUUCCGCUCUUAAUGGGGAAUAUCUUAUACAAAUAUGUACACUAUGUAUUGUUCCAAUUAAUAUGCAUUUUUUACAAGUAUAUAUACCAACCGUUAAACGCACAUUCUUA